UGGCGUCCCCCGCAGGCCGCCGUGGCGGCGGCGCCCCUCGCUGCCCACGGGCCCCGCCGUCCCAUUAACGUGCGGCCCUUCCCCUUCUAGGUGCUGCUGCUGCGACACGGCGGGGCGAGCAUGGGACCGGCGGACCCGGUGCAGAAGAUCAGUAUCAGCGCCGAGAGCCCCCGCGGGAGCGAGAGGAACGGCGGCGGCUCGGCGCUGGCGGGCGUUGACGGGGCCGCCCCCGGCAGCUGGAGACACAAGUGUGCGGCCUAUGUGCUGGCGCUGCGGCCCUGGAGCUUCAGUGCCUCGCUGACUCCUGUGGCGCUGGGCAGCGCGCUGGCGUACCGGGCCGAGGGAGCCCUCGACCCGGGGCUGCUGGUGGGAAGCGCCGUGACCGUCCUGGCUGUGCACGGGGCCGGCAACUUGGUGAAUACCUACUAUGACUUUUCCAAAGGCAUCGAUCACAAGAAGAGUGAUGACAGGACGUUGGUGGACCAGAUUUUGGAGCCGCAGGAUGUAGUCCGGUUUGGAGUCUUUCUCUAUACCGUGGGCUGUCUCUGCGCUGCUGGGCUCUAUGCUGUCUCCACGCUCAAGCUGGAGCACCUGGCCCUGAUUUACUUUGGAGGACUUUCCAGCUCCUUCCUUUAUACCGGAGGAAUUGGAUUUAAAUACGUUGCGCUUGGCGACGUGGUGAUCCUGAUCACCUUUGGGCCCCUGGCUGUCAUGUUUGCCCACGCAGUGCAGGUUGGUUACCUGUCCGUGUCACCCCUGCUCUACGCCGUCCCUCUGGCCCUCAGUACCGAGGCCAUCCUGCACAGCAACAACACGCGGGACAUGGAGUCCGACCGGCAGGCGGGGAUCGUCACCCUGGCCAUCCUCAUUGGCCCCACCUUCUCCUAUAUUCUCUACACCGUGCUGCUCUUCUUGCCCUACCUGAUUUUCUGUGUGCUGGCCACACGCUACACCAUCAGCAUGGCGUUGCCACUGCUCACCAUCCCCAUGGCAUUUUCACUGGAAAGACAGUUCCGGAGUCAGAGCUUCAACAAAAUUCCUCAGCGGACAGCCAAACUCAAUCUCCUGCUGGGGCUUUUCUAUGUUUUUGGCAUUACGUUGGCACCAGCUGGUGCUCUGCCCAAACUGUGAAAAGAGCUGGAGGGUCAGGCCUCAUAAUUCACUAUUCAUGCCAAUGGACAGUGGAUGUUAGGAGUAAAUGACCCAUUGUGGACAGUGAGAAGAAUGGAAAGACCACCUUGCGCUGUUGAUAAUGAAUGUUAUGAUUUCUGGUCUUGGAUAGCUUAUACAAUAGACUUCAAAGAAGUGAUUUGUCACUUCUUCAGAAGGGGAGAACUGUGUGGUUUUGCUUUGAGGAACAAGGUGACAUAAGGUCAAGGAAAUGUUGGAAGAACCUCAUCCUUCUGCCACCUAAUUUUUUCACUGUCAGUUCAAGAGCCUCAAAUCACACCCUCUGUUCACUUUACAAGCACAAUGAUUGCUCUUAUCACUUCUUUUCUUACAGUGGCGAAAGAGUCCAGUGACUCCCGUAUGGGGAUCAGAAAACACUGCCAAAUGUUUGGCAUCACAACCUAGGUGCCAUUAAUUCACUCCCUUGUUAGUGUAUUUCAUAAUCAUCUGUUCUAUGUUUUAAUUUUUUUUGCUUUUCCCUAGCCAAAUUUCGAGCUUUUGUUUCCGAGCUCCCUGAAAUGCACUAGAUACUGAUUCAUGAACUAUUGCUUCUGCUUGUUCCAUAUAAUCUAGAAAUUUCAAAGUUGUAAAUCUCUGGGUUGUGGUGCUAAAAGGGAGCACAAAUAACCCACUGCACAAACUUUAGGCCAGAACCAGUAAAUCCGUUCUCUGCUACAAAAGCUGGAGCUGUAAAUGCAAACCAUGCAACUGGAAAGCCCUCAAUGAGUAGAAAAACAAACGGUUUCCAUUUUUAUAUUUGCUUAGAAUUUACUCUCUGAAAUGACAGUUUUUGAGUUAAGGGGGAGCUGACAGAGUGCCAGAUUUCUCUGAAUAUCUAUGGAUUAAUGGAUACAUAGGUGGACAACAAAUCCUUGAUUUAAAAAACCAGAUUUUUAAAUUUGUUUUUCUCUGUUUAUUUAGAGUAUUAUUCACAGUAUUAUAGUAAAAAGUCUUAUUGUAAGAAGCCCAGUUCAGCAAAGAAGAAAGAUAUAGUGUUAGAAAUAACGAAUCUGGAUUAUUGCAUUGGUUCUGCAUAAAAAUUAGGACUGCAAACAGGAAGAAAUCAAUUUUGUUAACAAGAUUUUUCCUAAUGGAGUCCAGAGUUUUUGUCACUGAAUCACAAUUAAGUGCUCUCUGAAGGGAAGUUCCUCACCUCUUUUCCCCACUGUACACCUUACAGUGCUGCUUUGUUUCCUGCUGCAGAUCUUGCCACUUGCUGUUCAUGUGGCCCUUUGGGGAGUUGAUUAUUUCAGCAGUUGUGUAGCUGUGUGAAAAACAUGCCAAACAUAAUGGGGCAAAUAUGUGCCUUCCAGUGCAAAGAUGGAUUUGAUCCAUAACACAUUACUUGGUGGCAACUGAAUUCUCUUCUAUGUUAUUAAGUCCUGCUUGCAGAUUUUCAUAAAAAGCUCAGCAGGAGCUGUGGAAAGCUCAGAGGAACUGACACAGGUGCUGGACCAGAGCUCCUGGUGCCAGGUCACAGCCUUGCUUUUGAACAAGUGUGUGUGUGUGUGAAGCACUGUAUGAAGGGCGUUUACACACGAGCAAUAAACUAGCAAUAAACUCACGUGGUGUAACCCUGCAUCUGUCACAGGUAAGUUAUGCCCUUCUGUAAAUCUGAAAGAGCCAAAUGUCCCAUUAGUGGGCUGUACUGACAGCAGUAAAGCUGAGUUGAUGGUACCAGCUUACAUGGUACAGCUCUUUAGAAACUGGUUUUACAGCUUCACGUUAUCCAGUGUUACGCAGCAGUUACAUCUGAGCUGAAGUCAGUGGGAAGGAGUCUUUGCAGGCCUAUUAAUUGAGCCACAGUUUCAUCCUUUAUUUAUUAAAAUGGGCAAAAGAUCUCUCUGUUCUGCCUAGGCACAGGACAAGAAAAUAUGGAUUUCAGCAACUUUCUACAGGAAAAUACUUGUUAGGAUUAAAAUGCAAAAGUUCAGCUCGGAUGGAUGGAGGGAGAUAUCCAGAAGGGUUUUGGAAACUGUUUUCAAUGCAGAUAUACACAACAGAAUUUCUACUGUUGCUUCUUGAGGACAGAAUGAAGAAGAGCCUGGCUUCAAUACCCAUUGCACAUUUCUGCAAACCAAAAGCUUUUGCAGGGAUAAGUAAGGGCUGAGCUGACAAAUCUGUUAACCUUGCAAUAGGGGAUAUGCAGCUUUAUUGGGUUAAUCCUGCUCUUUGUAGCAGCUGUGCUUCAUUUCAGGAUAGCCUGGUUUUGAAUAGCUUUCAUUUUCAAAGAAUGGUUAGUUAUCCUUUCUCUACUUCUUUUACAGAAACUAGAAAACUCCAGCUAAAUUCCUGAAAGUAACUUGGCUUGUAUCUGUGAUAACUGUAAUUGUAAUAAUGGGAAGGUUAUUUGUGCCGUGGAGUAUGUAACUCUUACUGUAUCUUGACUACCCUUUCCUGGGUAGGAUGUCUACUCAGGGCUGGAAAGGACCAGGGCUUUUUGAUACUAAGAUGAAACAGCUCAUUAGUACAAAAAUAUGUGUAUGGAAUACUUUCCAAGGUAGGGGGGGUUCAAAGUAUUUUAAUAGUGAAACUGAGAUGAAAAUUUGGUAAUUCCUUGCUAGCAGAUGCUGGUUGCCUCCAAUUCCCUCUCUUUGAAAAACAGUAUCAUUCCAGGUUCUUAGGGAUAAUAAUAGCUAACACAUUCUUCACCAUGGUUUUGAGGAAGUCAUUUAACUUCUCUGUGUCUCAGAAAACAGCUGUUUUUUGCCUGUCUUACAGGAAUGCUGAGCUGACAUCUUUGUCAAAGAGAGCUUUGAAAGUAAAAAGUGCUUUAUCUCUGUGUGCUUUCCAAAAAACUUGUUAGUACUAGAAAACAUUUUAGAUACAAACUAACACAAACUAACACAUUAGCCAAUGUGAUUAGGCCAAGAUAAUCCUCACAUAUAAUCAGUGACUGGUAAGAGAGGUUCAUUUAUUGGUUUGCUUUGUGAUAAAGAUGCUGGCUCUCUUCCCCUACCCCCUUUUCCCUGUCCCAUGCUACUUCCCCUGAAUAUAAACUUGAGAAACUUCCUUCAGGUCACUCUUGAUGAGCUGUAUUGCAGUGUGAUGAGUGGGCACUGGGAGAUGAACAGAUCUGUAGCCCAUCUGUUAGUGUGUCCUAAAGCACCUCCUGGCCUUUCUUCUUACCCAAUAAACUGAAUGUUACUCAUUUAAUUAUGCUAUGCUUGAUUCUUUUCUAUUACUCAAGUUGUAUUUUUGCACAUGCAUUAAAACAUGGUCACGAAAGAGGGUCUUCAUCUGCCACGUUUAUAGUAUAAGUGCCUGGAAAAUCAUACUUUUUUUGGUGUAAAAGUCCUUCUAUGAAUCCAGUAGCCCUGUCCGUCCUUAUCACAAGACAAACAGUUUUGUAGCAGUGAUAAUUUCCUACUAAUGGCAGACUUAGAAUAGUUCUGGUUAUAUUAAUCAAUGUGCAGAAUUUUCUCUGAUGCAGUUUUCUGUGCCAUGUACUGUUCAGUUUUUAUAAGGAGGUUUCAGCUGAACUUUAACACCUUUAAUAAAGAUGAACUUUCUCAUCCUCA